AUGAAUUUGUCUGAAGAAUCAACAAUUAAUUUGGAUAGCAGAAGGCCAAGAAACAAAACCGAAACUAAGUGCAAGUCUUAGAGUCCUCAAAUAAAACCUCAAUUUACAUAAUAUUAGUUGCAACAUAAGAAAAGCAAAACCAAAGAGAAAUUAGCUCAAAGAUCUGAGUAAUUACCAAAUGUUACAAGAAAGUUGAACCCAAAAUCAAUUAGUUUCUCAAAAAACCGGAAUCAAUUUAAGCCAGCUUCUCAAGAUUUUAGUUUAAAAUAUUUUAUUGGAUGGGGUAACAAUGAGGCCUUAGUGAAAAGAAUUAUGGCAAAAAGAUUAUAAUGGAAAGAGACAAAUGACUCAAGCUCGAUGCUCGUAAAUUUUAAGUGGUAACAAAGCGAAAGAGGUUAUAGAUAUGAAAGACUUAUUUUAAGUUAAAAUUAUAAGUAACUUGUUAAUCAUUUCGAACAUCAUAAAGAAAUAUCAAAUAAAUCCUAUCUAAUUAAAAAUCUGUCUAUAUAUUGCGAUAAACAUAAGUUAAAUGUAUUUGAUUAUACUCCAUUAACAUUUGUCAUUGACUUUAGUGAUGAGAAUUGCGAUUACAAUAUAGCACAGUUUCUUAAGACCUAUGAGUAAUUUGCCCCUAAAAAGCCUACAUCAAAAUAGAUGUUAGAUGUAAAAAGAAGAUUAAGAGGAAACUUUUGUAAUUCAUAUUAAAGAGAACCUGCCUCAUAAUUCGCCAAAAUAUAAUUGAACAACACUUUCUUAGCAGAGGAAUCUACAUAUAUGUGGCUAUUGAAACCAACAUUUUUAAAUAGAGGAAGAGGAAUCUAAAUUUUUGAUAAUCUAGAGACUUUAGUUAAGUUGGGAUUAAAAGAGAAAGCAUUAAAUUAAAAAGAUGAAUCAUCAGGAGAUGAGGAUAUCCCAAAAUAAGUUCAGAGUGCCUAAAUUACAAAGAAAGAUGCUAAUCAAAAUAUCAAAUAAUAGCCAGCAGGACAAUGUAUAAUAAAAUCACAUUCUUUUGUUAUUCAGAAAUACAUAGAACGCCCUGCAUUGAUUAAUAAGAGAAAAUUUGAUAUAAGAGUGUGGGGUUUGGUAACUCAUGAUUUAGAUGCAUAUUUCUUUGCAGAAGGGUAUAUUAGAACUUCAUCUGAAGAUUUCACAUACAACAUAGAAAAUACAUUUGUUCAUUUGACAAAUAAUGCUAUUCAGAAAUACUCCCAGAAUUAUGGUUAAUUUGAGGAUGGAAAUCAAUUGUCUUUUAAGAAUUAUCAGGAUUAUUUAAAUUCAUAAAAUAUUAAAUGCAACGUUUAAGAUUUAAUUAAUAAAAUGAAAGAGAGGAUAUGGAUGGUCUUUAAUUCUGUAAAGAAUAAGAUAAACUUUGAAGACAGGAAAUACUGCUUUGAGAUAUUCGGAUUUGAUUUUAUUUUAGAUGCCGAUCUUGAGGUAUGGUUAAUAGAAGUUAAUACUAAUCCUUGCAUAGAGGAAUCAAGUCCAUUGCUAAAGAUGUAUAUACCAAGAAUGUUAGAUGAUGGAUUCAAGUUAACUCUUGAUGUCUUAUUCCCUCCAUAAAAUCCUCUAAAACAAUCACUGCCAUAGAUCUAUUAAUUACCUUAAAUAAAGGAAGAGUAACAUUCUGACUAUCCAGUUGUUGGCUACCCUAAUGAUGAAAAUAUGUGGAUGCUAUUGGGUUCAUUAAGUGAUAGAAAAAUUAAGAAGAAAAAAUGA